GAGUGCAAUUAAUAUUUUUAUUACGUACAAUUUGGAUUAAUUGCCGUGCACAUUCCAUGAAUCAUCCCAUCAAAUGUGUGUCAACGCGAGCGCCUCAUAGUCGAGAGCAUCCCGGCCAGAUUUGCAUUUCUUUUGUAUUAAGUCCCUGACGCCACAAACCCGAUCUCCGGCUUCCCUCAAGUGUUCCUGACCUGUGCUCCUCGCCUCAACGUGUGUCACUCACUCCGCGAACCUCUGAAUCUCAAUCUGAGCAUCUCAGCAUCAGAUUCGGCUUGAGAUACAGAUUCAUCUCGGCUCAGUUGGAAAUCAAAGUUUGGAAACCGGAUUUGCAUGCCAAUACUCGUAAAGCGAAGUCUGGCAAACAAAACAAAACAAAUCAAACGAAUGAAAUGAAAUUCUUUCGGCUUUCGCCUGGCUUUUGCUUUAAAUACAAAAUCGCUCGGCUCAGAACAUUAGACUGGUUUAAGAGCUCGAAUUAAGCGUACUGACAGGGAAUAAAGUCGGACGUCAGCCAAAAUCACAUAAAGAUCCUCCAGCAAGUGUGAACAACAAACAGAGUGCUAAAAUUAAAUUCAUCUCAAUUAUAUAAAAUCAAUUUUUGCGUUAAAACUCGUACAUUUCCAAUGGCUUUCAAGUACAAUACACAAAUGAUCCUGCUGAGCUGCGGUUUGGCUGUGCUCUUCGGCUUCUCGGAAGCCCUACCUCGAUACAGUCGAACCAAGGACCUGGGAACAUCCGCCAGCUCCCCCAGCUUCGCAUAUGCACCCAGGCCACAGGAACCGAUGACCCUCACUGGGAACUACAACCUCAUCAUGCCCGACUACUACGAUCACCAUCCCGCGGAGUCCAUGCAACUGCAGAACUUUGCCAACUUCUACGAUGCCCAAAUGAGUCCCGACUCCGAUCUCGGAAUGGAGGAGUCGCAGUUCUUGAGCCACACCCCGGUGAGGGCACCUCAGCCCUUGACGGCCGAGGAGAAACGUGCUCGCCAGCAGAUUCCCCACGUGGACAUCAACCGGGAGAAGAAGGCCCUGCUCAAGCUGAAGAAGGGCAGCACCAAACCCAGAGGAGCCGAUCACCAGGAGUGGGACCAGUUCGACUAUGAUCUGUACAGCCUGAAUCCCGGCGAUAGCAAGAAGUACAACUACGAUGCCUAGAUGGAUUCGAUUCCCUUCUAAAUCGACUGUAUAUGUUUAUGUUUUUGUUUUCCGUUGGUUUAAGCUCACAAAUAAAUUAUUUAUUUAUUGUUAACUGCAA